UGGGGGGUGGGUGGGUAGGUGGAUCGGCGGGCUAAACGGUAAUGCCAACUCGUCACUCAUCCUGCGCUUCGCAAUUUAAAGUGAUGUCACCACCGGCUGUGUUUUUUUUUCUGAAUAAACCGGCCAGAAUUUCCUUUGCUUGGCCGCAGUUGCGAAUUGGCGAGUGGCGAUGAUGGAGCGGAGGAAGAAGCGACCCACUUCUUACGACUUGUUGAAGAUUCUUAUUUUCACUCUCAUUGGUUUUGCCAAAGAGGGAGACGGCAUACUUACCUUUGGGUCGAAUUUGCCAAAGAUUGUUACUCUGCAAGAGAAUUCCGCACCGAUGGCCACUGUAUAUACUUUCACAGUUAUAUCAACAAACGCACUCUCGAGUGCGGGUCCUAUCUUCUUCAACCCUAAUCCCGCCAGCCAUCCGUUUGUAAUAUCUCCCAGUGGCUCAACGACCCCCGCACCCGUUUCCUACACAUACAGGGUGGCCGUGUCGUCCAACAGCCCUGUGCUGGACUAUGAGAGUCAAAGCUUUUACACACUGCCCAUUUACGUGAGCGACAUCAAUGGAAUUUCUGUGAUGGACAUUCUCACCGUCAACAUUACGGACGUAAAUGAGGCCCCAGAGUUUCUGGAUUCUCUUGGUUUGCAAACACUGACAUUAUACGUUCCUGAAAACUCUAACAUUUACGUGUUGUACCAAGUGCUGGUGUGGGAUCCAGACAGUGACGUAUGCACGUUUGUUUGUUCACCCAACACAGAUUUUGAUAUUACUUCUCUUGGAGAACUUACGACGAAGAGACCAUUUGACUAUGAAACUGACUUCACAAACUAUACACUAAAAAUUAUUGUGUCAGAUGGAAGAGGUCUCUCAGUGACUGGAACCGUGCUCAUUUUCAUAGAGAACAUAAAUGACAAUUCACCCUCCUUCACCAACGUUUCCCAAGCCCACAACAUUACCAUCCCAGAGGAGCUCGCCCUGAGCACGCUCAUCACCACACUCUCGGCAACAGAUGUCGACAACUUGGGUCUUCUCUCCUUCUCCAUUGAUACAGCCACUGGAUACCUAAGUGUGGACGCAGCAACAGGGGAAGUGAUGCUGUCCAAGAGGAUGAACCUGGAGGGCAAUUGCCCACCUUUAUUGUUGUUCACCAUCACCGUGUGUGACGAUGGGAAUAAUUGCGACAUCUCAACGCUGAGGGUCACAGUGACCGACAUCAACGACAACCCGCCUGUCUGCGUCGCCCCUUACUCGAUAAAUAUUAAUGAAAAUCAAGUUGCAACCAGCGUGUUGACAAAUGUCAUUUGCACAGACAUUGACUUAACUGCGGUUAACCAAGCCUUCACCUUUUCAAUGAACAACGUAGGCCCUGCUGCCAGCAACCUCGCGAUUAGUGCAACUGGCGUGAUUGAGCUGACAUCAGGUACCUUCGAUUAUGAGAACCUGGUGAAUCUGUUCAAUGGCUACACUUACUUGCUGACUGUGGUGGCCACAAACACAGCACCCCCCUUUCUCAGUGCUACGGUCACAGUGUACCUGCGCAUCAUCCCCGUGAAUGAGUUCACUCCACAGUUCAGUCAGCCUACGUACCAAUUCGUUAUCGCCGAAACCGCAUCUGCCGGAGCGAUCCUGGGGCAGGUAAAGGCCACCGACCAAGACUUCAUUCUCAACGACAUAACGUACCGACUGUGGGGACCCGGUGUAGGCCGCUUCCUCAUUGAACCUACGGGUAACAUUAAAGCCAUAACCAAACUGGACUAUGAGCUCGUUCAGCGCUAUGAGCUGGUGGCGGAGGCAGUGGACGGGGACCCGUUUUUUCCCAAGACAGCCACAGUCACGGUGACCGUGAUCGUGGUGGAAGAGAAUGAUGAGCCCCCGGUCUGCAAUCCCCUCUUGGCUCGAUUGACCCUUACGGACGCGGUGACUGUAGGGACCAACAUCCAAGGCUUCGCUCUGACUUGCACUGACAGCGACUCUGCUGCGGACGAGCUGCGAUACGACAUAUCGAGCGGUAACAUCAACAACCACUUUGGCUUUUCACCGACGCGCGGCUCCAAUUCUCCACGGCUGCUGCUCAUGCGCUCGUUCGAUUACAAGGGCCAGGUGGACAUGGUGCAGAACUUCCGGCUGGAGGUGCACGUCAUCGACGACAACAAGCGCAACGUGUCGGCCCAGACCGGCACGGCCAUCAUCCUCGUCACCGUCGUCAGGACCGGCACCACUGCCAGACCCCUCACGGCGCUGUCGGACAAGCCCGGUGUGGUGUUGAGGAGGACCUCUGUAAACACCUACGACUGGAGCCAGUGGUACGUUCCGUUCCUGAUCACACUGGGCUCCUUGCUGCUGGCUGGCCUCCUCGCUUUCCUGCUCUACCGCCUGUUUAAGUCCAAGGCCUUCCGAAGCUGUCUACGAUCGUGCUGCAGCUCUCGGAAUAAACCCGCCAGAUUGCCACUUGUCAAAGCUGCAGAGAAAAAGAAAGUUGAGUUUGUGCAGGAGAUCACCAAGAUCAACACCGUGUUCGACGGAGAGGCUAUAGACCCAGUGACAGGGAAGACGUACGAGUACAACAGCACGUCGGGCGCUCGGCGCUGGAAGGAGACGUCGGCGCAAGCACCGCCACCAGCUCCCGCAAAGACUCCGGCUCCAGCCGCCGCUAGCAAGGGCACAGCCCCCGCUCCCACGGCCGCUCAAGCCGCGAUACCUGGCAAGGCUCCGGCAGCUCCUGCUGCUGCUGCCCCAGCGGCGGCUGCUGCUGCUGCUCCAGCGGCGGCUGCUGCUGUUCCUCCAGCAGUGUCUCUAAUUUUCAUCACCCGCUUUCCCUAUUACAGGUGGACCCCACCCUCCAUUGUGUUCUGCCUUGACACUUAUUGUGGGGAGGUGGUGCAGCUGCCGCCCGUUGUGCUCGGCACCUUCGGAGACGACCCCGCCAAGCCAACGGUGAUGGCGUACGGGCACCUCGACGUGCAGCCGGCGCGCAAGGACGACGGCUGGGACAGUGACCCCUACAUGCUCACCGAGAAGGACGACGCCACUGACGACCGCUGCCUCCGUUGGGCACCCAGCGCCCCGCCGCGGCCUGGCUCGUUCCAGCAUAAAGGACACGACAACGUUCCCAAACUGGGAAGUGAUGCACAAGUGAUGCGAAGAAGACGCAGGACGGGAAGGACUCUUCCCCAAGGGCUCUUCCCCAAGGCUCUUCCCCAAGGACUCUUCCCCAAGGACUCUUCCCCCAAGGCUCUCCCCCAAGGACUCUUCCCCAAGGACUCUCCCCCAAGGCUCUCCCCCAAGGACUCUCCCCCAAGGCUCUCCCCCAAGGACUCUCCCCCAAGGCUCUCCCCCAAGGACUCUUCCCCAAGGCUCUUCCCCAAGGACUCUCCCCCAAGGCUCUCCCCCAUCGCCUCUCCGGUGUUGACAUUUCGCCUGCGGCCAUGUGGAACCCACCCGCAGGUAAUCAAAGUGCUCCUUCGAUGCCAGGAUACCCCCCAACAAAUGCACACAACUCCCCAUACCCUACAUACGUGCAGGGUUAUCCCCAGCCAGGAUACCCUGCCAACCAUGCAUAUUCCCCAAAUACCUAUGUUGGCACAGCACCCGCUCCGGGAGCACAUUCCCAAGUGCAAAUGUUUGGGCAUCCAGGUCAAAGCAACGCGGUUUGUUACCCACAAGCCCAUGCAAACCACCACACACAAGCCCCAGUAUACCAUGUGCAUCAACAUGUGCCAGCCGUUGGCCACCAUCACCACGGGGCCCAUAGUGGAGGGCUUUCUGGGCUCCUUCACACGGUCGCCCAUGGGCUUGGGGUCAACCACGGGCACCAUGGCCACGAAGUCGUCCACCAUGGGCACGAAGUCGUCCACCAUGGCCAUGAAGUCCACCAUGUGCAUGAAGUCCACCAUGGGCACGGCCACCACGGGCACGGCCACCACGGGCAUGGCCACCACGGGCACGGCCACCACGGGCACGGCCACGGCCACCACGGGCACGGGCACGGCCACUGAAGUAAAAAAAAUUAACCAGCAUACCUCCAGCUGUGACUGACCGAGGCAUGCAUGGGAAAUAUUCUCAGACUACGACUGGUCUCAUUCUGUGCAUGAAUUAGAUAUAUUGGUCUUGUUAUCUUGGGGAAAAGGUCUAUCUUGGGUCUAAUUUUACAUAACGGCACGUACAUAUUUUCAUCUUCCAAGAAGUGAGCAACUUCAACAUGUGCUCAUUGCUCGGCUAGCGUCUCCAUUAAACCUACAAGGGACUGGCUGCGUGAAAAACAAGAGAUCGUCACUGCCAACAUCAUCAUAAUUUAAAACUAGCGGUGAACAACGGCAACCAGUGCUUACAUCCUCUGCCCCUUGCUAAAGGGAUCCAGGGCAGUCCAGAACCAGCCCACUUGCAUCGAUCCACUUGAGAGUCAUGAAGAUGAAGGCCAUCCAGAAAAAAAACUUAAUUAAGCAUGCAUAAUUGUGGAUAAUCACCAAUGAUAACUUAGAGGCCUUGGUAAAUCCACUGCUGACUGAAAGCCUCAUGAUGCCUUCGGAGUGAUUGGAGAGGUAAUUUUUUUAAAAACAAACUUUACAACGCUACUCAGUGAGUGCCCGUUGAUGAAAGAGGUCCCGGAUGGGUUCACAUAUCGCCUGCCACUGAUGUAAACUGUGGCUAGGAAUAAAACUCAGGUCAACCAUGUAUAUAGUUACUACAAGAACCCCUCAUUCAUUACGUUAUGUAACUCCUUAAAAAGUUGUCAUUUCAUGGAUGUUCGUGAAAUAAUUGUCUUCGACUAAUUUUAAUGGUAUAUGUCCUGAGGCUAUUGUAUAAUCACACAGACCUAAUGUAUGUAAUGUCAUGGCUUCUGUAUUUGAAUAAAGUGUAAACUGGGACCGAUUUCU